AUGUCAUCAAACUCUGAAGCUACCUUAUCUGUUCAAGAAAAAUAUGACCUCAUAACAAGAAAUUUACAAGAAGUAAUUGGUGGUGAGGAAAUAAUGAAAAUCCUCGCCGAAAGGGACUUGAAGCUUUACUGGGGCACAGCACCAACGGGAAAACCUCAUAUUGGUUACUUUGUCCCAAUGUCGAAAAUUGCAGACUUUCUUUCGGCAGGAGUCGAGGUGACGAUCCUUUUGGCUGAUAUACACGCUUUCCUUGACAAUAUGAAAGCUCCACUUGAAUUAGUUAAAUUUCGUACGAAAUACUACGAAGAAUUAAUCAAGGCUCUGUUAGAAUCGAUUGGUGUUCCAAUUGAUAAAUUAAAAUUCGUAGUCGGUUCAAGCUAUCAAUUAUCCGAAAAAUACAAUUUAGAUCAAUAUCGACUCUGCGCCACGGUAACGGAACAUGAUGCCAAGAAAGCAGGUGCCGAAGUAGUAAAGCAAGUUGAAUCUCCGUUACUUUCCGGUUUACUUUACCCUGGACUACAAGCUCUCGACGAAGAAUAUUUGGGUGUGGACGCGCAAUUUGGUGGCGUUGAUCAACGAAAAAUUUUUGUCUAUGCCGAAAAAUAUUUACCACAUCUUGGCUACAAAAAACGUGCACAUUUAAUGAAUCCGAUGGUUCCUGGUCUUCAAGGAUCAAAGAUGUCUUCAUCGGACGUGGAUUCAAAGAUUGAUCUUCUUGAUGAUGAAUCAACAAUCAACCGAAAGUUAAAGAAAGCUUUUUGCGAAGAAGGAAAUAUAACUGAUAAUGGCGUUUUAUCGUUCGUUAAGUCGGUCUUGUUCCCGCUUGGUUCCCUUAAUGGGCAAACACCAAAAUUUGUGAUCAAACGACCAGAAAAAUAUGGAGGAGAUGUCACUUACAUAGAAUAUAAAUUAUUGGAGGAUGAUUUUCGCGAGAAAAAAGUACAUCCCGGAGAUUUAAAGGCUGCAGCAGCACUAGCUAUUGAUAAUAUAUUAGGUCCUAUCCGAAAGAAAUGGGCUAGUCACCCGGACUUCGCUAAAUUGACAAAUGAUGCUUAUCCUGAUACAAGUGUAAAAGUGACAAAGAAAAAAGAAUCGAAAAAACACAAUCUACAAAUUGGUGAGAAAAAAAUCGAUGAGAAAAUCGAUGUAUCAAGAAUAGAUGUUCGGGUUGCGAAAAUCCUUAAAGCAGAGAUUCACCCACAAAAUCCUAAAUCUUAUGUUUCAACUGUAGACGUCGGUGACAGUUCUGGUAAAACUCGUACCGUAGUCUCAGGUCUAGCAUCUUUUAUCCCUUUGGAAGAAAUGCAAGACCGAAAAGUUCUUGCAGUAUGCAACUUAAAAUCAGCCAAAUUUCAAGGUAUCGAGUCUCAGGCAAUGCUUUUAGCUGUCUCUUCUCCAGACGAUACGCGCAUUGAACUAUUGGACCCACCAGCGAAUUCAGAAAUUGGUGAAGCAAUUCUUUGGGAAGGUUACGCAUCAGCGGAAAAAGAUGGAGAAAUAUUGAAUCCAAAGCACAAAAUAUUUGAAAAAAUCGCCGAGAAAUUUCGUGUGAAUUCCGAAGGUGUUGCUGUGUAUAAUGACGUGCCUUUCACUACAAAAAAAGGCGUCGUCACCGCUAAAACUCUUAGAGAAGGAACUAUUCGAUAA